AUGUCGUUAUCGGAUUCUGAAACAUCCCAUGGCGGUUCGUCCGAGUACAAGCCCUUCCGCCAAAUCAGUCGUGAUCGCUUAUUAUAUGAAAUGCUUAAAUCGGCAAGGUCACCUGAUUCGAAAGCAUGGAAGGUACUCAUAAUGGAUAAAGUCACUGUGAAAGUUAUGUCACAUUCGUGCAAAAUGGCAGAUAUUACAGACCAAGAAGUUUCCUUGGUGGAAGACCUUUUCCGGAGAAGGCAACCAUUACCAUCUAUGGAUGUUGUUUAUUACAUCCAGCCUUCUAAAGAGAAUGUGGUCAUGUUCCUCUCUGAUAUGUCUGGAAGGGAGCCUCUUUACAGGAAAGCCUAUGUAUUUUUCAGUUCACCGAUCCCAAAGGAACUUGUAAACCACAUCAAGAGUGACACUAGUGUCUUACCUCGUAUAGGUGCAUUGAGAGAGAUGAAUUUGGAAUACUUUCCAAUAGAUGGUCAGGCGUUUACCACUGAUCAAGAAACAGCAAUGGGAGAACUUUAUGGAAAUGUUGAGAAUACUCGCAGAUUUAAUACCUGCUUGAAUACCAUGGCAAUUCGAAUAGCUACAGUUUUUGCUUCAAUGAAGGAGUUACCGUAUGUAUGGUAUCGUGCUGCAAAAGGAAGUGAUGAGUCUACUCCAACAGCAACUCGUGAACUAGUUCCUACCAAGCUUGCUUGUGCUGUUUGGGACAUGGUAUCAAAAUAUAAAUCUACUAUUCCCAGUUUUCCACAAAAUGAAACUUGUGACCUGCUCAUUGUCGAUAGGUCCAUUGAUCAGAUUGCUCCUGUCAUUCAUGAAUGGACCUAUGAUGCUAUGUGCCAUGAUUUGUUGAAUAUGGAUGGAAAUAAAUAUACGCAAGAGGUUCCCAGCAAAACCGGGGGUCAACCUGAGACAAAAGAGGUCAUUCUAGAAGAGAAUGAUUCAGUCUGGCUUGAACUUCGCCAUGCACAUAUAGCAGAUGCUAGUGAAAGACUGCAUGAAAAGUUUACCAAUUUCGUAUCAAAGAACAAAGCAGCACAAAUUCAACAAAGUGGAAGAGAUGGUAGUGAAAUAUCUACACGAGAUUUGCAAAAAAUGGUUCAAGCUUUGCCCCAAUACACUGAGCAAGUCGAAAAGAUUUCACUCCAUGUAGAGAUAGCUGGAAAGAUCAACAAAAUUAUAAGAGAAACAGAUCUUCGAGAGCUUGGACAGUUGGAACAAGAUCUUGUUUUCGGGGAUGCCGGAGCCAAGGAAGUUAUUAACUUUUUAAGAACAAAACAGAGUACGACUCCUGAAUAUAAGUUGCGUUUGUUGAUGAUUUAUGCCUCUGUCUAUCCUGAAAAGUUUGAGGGUGAUAAAGCUUCAAAGCUAAUGCAGUUGGCAAAACUAUCACCUGAUGACAUGAAGGUUAUCAGUAAUAUGCAACUACUAGCAGGAUCUUCAAACAAGAAGGCAUCAUCUACUGGUGGUGGUUUCUCGCUCAAAUUCAAUAACCAAAAGACAAAGCAAGCAGCACGCAAAGAUCGUGCCGAAGAGGAAGAAACAUGGCAAUUAUUUCGAUUUUAUCCCAUGAUAGAGGAGCUCAUUGAAAAUCUUAGUAAGGGUGAAUUGUCAAAGAAUGAAUAUUCGUGUAAAAAUGAACCAAGUCCUACUGCCAAAGGGGGCUCUGUUAGAAACAGCCAAAACACCCAGACAGCUCCCACUACUGCUCCUCAUUCAAUGAGAUCUAGACGCACAGCAAACUGGGGACGGUCUCGUGCUUCAGAUGAUGGAUAUUCAAGUGACUCCACGUUGAAGAACAUGAGUACUGAUUUCAAGAAGAUGGGACGGCGAAUCUUUGUGUUUAUCAUUGGAGGGGCUACUCGAUCUGAGCUGCGAGUUUGUCACAAAUUGACAACAAAAUUAAAGAGGGAAGUAAUCCUAGGUACUACUUCCAUGGAUGAUCCUCCACAAUAUCUUACGAAAUUGAAGUUAUUGUGCGACAGUAAUGUUGCACUGGAUGGACUCGGGAUAUAA